GGCAUGGCCCGAGUCUAACAAUGCUGCUCCCCUCGUGUCUCCGCUCUCCGUGUGCACCGCUCUCGGCUCGAGCGCGCCUGCACCUAAAGAAGUAAACAGGUCAUGGCACGUUUAACAAAAAGGCGACAGGCGGAUACAAAAGCUAUCCAGCAUCUUUGGGCAGCAAUUGAGAUUAUAAGGAACCAGAAGCAAAUUGCCAACAUUGACCGAAUUACAAAGUAUAUGUCUCGAGUCCACGGUAUGCAUCCAAAAGAGACCACCCGUCAGCUGAGUUUAGCUGUGAAAGAUGGUCUUAUUGUCGAAACUCUGACAGUGGGCUGCAAAGGUUCCAAGGCUGGGAUUGAACAGGAAGGAUAUUGGUUACCAGGAGAUGAGAUUAGCAUUAAGAAGAAGAAUACAAACAAACAGGAGAUGGGCACAUACCUGAGGUUCAUUGUUUCCCGCAUGAAGGAGAGGGCAAUAGAUCUUAAUAAGAAGGGGAAGGACAAUAAACACCCAAUGUACAGGAGGCUGGUGCAUUCAGCUGUUGAUGUUCCCACCAUACAAGAGAAAGUGAAUGAGGGGAAAUACCGAAGUUAUGAAGAAUUCAAAGCUGAUGCCCAGCUGCUUCUCCACAACACAGUGAUUUUCUAUGGAGCAGACAGUGAGCAGGCUGACAUUGCGAGGAUGCUAUAUAAAGAUACGUGUCAUGAGCUGGAUGAACUUCAGCUUUGUAAGAACUGCUUCUAUUUGUCAAAUGCUCGUCCAGACAAUUGGUUCUGCUAUCCUUGUAUACCUAAUCAUGAGCUGGUUUGGGCUAAAAUGAAAGGUUUUGGGUUUUGGCCAGCCAAAGUCAUGCAGAAAGAGGACAAUCAAGUUGACGUUCGCUUCUUUGGCCACCAUCACCAGAGGGCCUGGAUUCCUUCUGAAAACAUUCAAGACAUCACAGUCAACAUUCACCGGCUGCACGUGAAGCGCAGUAUGGGGUGGAAAAAGGCCUGUGAUGAGCUGGAACUACACCAGCGUUUCCUUCGUGAAGGAAGGUUUUGGAAGUCUAAGAAUGAGGACCGAGGUGAGGAAGAGGCAGAAUCCAGUAUCUCCUCUACCAGUAAUGAGCAGCUAAAGGUCACUCAAGAACCAAGAGCAAAGAAAGGACGACGCAAUCAAAGUGUGGAACCCAAAAAGGAAGAACCAGAGCCUGAAACAGAAGCAGUAAGUUCUAGCCAGGAAAUCCCCACGAUGCCUCAGCCAAUCGAGAAGGUGUCAGUAUCAACACAGACUAAGAAUGCCUCUUCCCCUAGAAUGCUGCACCGGAGCACCCAGACCACCAGUGAUGGGGUCUGUCAGAGCAUGUGCCAUGACAAAUACACCAAAAUUUUCAAUGACUUUAAAGACCGGAUGAAGUCAGACCACAAGCGAGAGACAGAGAGAGUUGUCCGUGAAGCUCUGGAAAAGCUACGUUCUGAAAUGGAAGAAGAAAAAAGACAAGCUGUAAAUAAAGCUGUGGCCAACAUGCAGGGUGAGAUGGACAGAAAAUGUAAGCAAGUAAAGGAAAAGUGCAAAGAAGAAUUUGUAGAAGAAAUUAAGAAGCUCGCGGCGCAGCACAAGCAGCUCAUAUCUCAGACCAAGAAGAAGCAGUGGUGCUACAACUGUGAGGAGGAGGCCAUGUACCACUGUUGCUGGAACACGUCCUACUGCUCCAUCAAGUGCCAGCAGGAGCACUGGCACGCGGAGCACAAGCGCACCUGCCGCCGGAAAAGAUGAAGCCGGCCCCGCGUCGCCCGCCCGACGAGUAAGCCUCAGACACAGUGGUUUUUGUUUCCAAGAAGCCAAAAUUGUUUAGAAUUUGCUUCCCAUUUUGCACCAGCCUUUAAACACUUUUCGUGAAGAAAUUUUGCACAGUAGUUUAAAUCUUUUGUUAAUGCUCCUCUGGAGUUUUUCAGGGGGUAAAAAGUAACAUCAGUGGAGGGUAUUAUUUUAAAUAAAUUUUAAUUGAGAAUUUGUUGCAUUUUCAGCAAAUUUUAAAACAUUUUUAGGUUUUACAGAGAUUUUAACCUUUAAACAACAGAUCUUAAAAAAAAAAAAAAAACCAGGUGAAUACAAGUGAGUUUAACAAAGAAACAUUUAGAAUAGAUCUGAAUGUAAGAACUACAGAACUCUUUCAGAAUAAAACAUACU